AUGGCCUCGCUCCCCCGCAUCGAGCGCACCCCAAGCACAGACACAGCCGACGAGCCCGCUCACAGCAGUGCGGAGCAGGCGUACGCCGCCCUCACCGCGGAACUGCAAAACUCUGGCUUCGACGUCGUCGCGCCGCUGCGAGCCGGCUGGUACAACGACUACAUCCGCGAGCUCGGCCUCUCGACCGACUCGACGGCCUACCUGCAGGCGCCUCCCUCCCUCCUCCCUCGCAGCCAGCGGAUCGGCUCGACUGCACAGGCGUCCGGCGAGCGGCACGCCUCGGGCGAGGAGGCACCCUUUGCGCUCGCGCCGCUGCCCGACUUUGGGCGGUCGGGCGACGCGCUGGCGAUACUCGUCGGCAACUCGCGCGCCAUGUGGCCGGCGUUCCUGCGCUGGCUCAAGGCGCAGAAGGACCCGGACGCCCUCUCCGACCCCGUCGACACCUUUGCAGCGGAGGCCAUUUGCGGCGCUGUCGGCCGCUUCGCCGCCGCGUCCGCCGCAGCAGCCGGCCGAAAGGCGGCGGUGGCGCACGACAGCUUUUGGGCGUCCGACAUGACGCCCGCGCGGCUGGUCGACAUGAACCGCGCCGCGCGCGUCGCCGGCGUCUGCUACUUUAGCGACGCCAUGUUCCUCAGCGUGCACCCGACGUUCGGCGCGUGGGUCGCGUUUCGCGCUGUCGUCGUGCUCGACCUUGACGACGAGGCGGCGGCAGCCAAGGCUGCGUUUGACGAGGCGCUGCGCUGCGUCGACAUCACAUUUGCUAGCAACGGUGCAUGA